CACUGUUAUUCUCUGCCCUCCCACAACAAAACUCGGUGGGCGAUUCUUCAGUGCUAAUUUGUUGUGUUUCAAUUUAUUCCUCCAUAAUCGUAGAAAAUAGCUAUUUCUAGCACCAAAAAUGGCCAAUAUUUCGAUGCAAGACAUCGAAGCGGUGGACGAUUACUGGGGCCCCACGUUCCGUACGAUUUUGGAAGGAAACUCGCACGAUCAAAUAUCGGACCAGCUGGAGUCGCGCAUCCGGUCCCACGAUAAGGAUAUCGAACGGAUCUGCAACCUGUACUAUCAGGGUUUCAUCGAUUCGAUCCGGGAGCUGCUGCUGGUGAAAUCGCAGGCACAAGGUUUGAACCAGGAAGUGCAGGGACUGAACGAUGGCCUCGGGAAAGCUUCGGCCGGAGUCAUUGCUAAGGGGAACGAUCUGGUUAAGGCGCGGAAGGUCGAGGGUAAUAUAGCCGGGGCCAUCGAGGGGCUGUCUAGUUGUUUGCCGGUGCUGGAAUGCUAUUCGAAGCUACUGAAACAGGUUAAAGAGAAGCGAUACUAUCCAGCACUGAAAACGUUGGAAAUGCUGGAGAACGAAUACCUGCCGAAGGUAUCCGGAUAUCGAUUUUCUCAACAGAUGAGGGAAACCAUACCUAAGUUGAAGGAAAAUAUCAAAAAAUCCUCUGAAGAAGAUUUCAGGGAGUUUUUGGAAAACAUAAGAAAGUUUUCCCCUAGAAUUGGUGAAAUAGCUAUGAAACAUACCAAGGAACUUCAAAAACGCGAUCUCGAUUCCAUCAUUGCCGAAUACAAACAAAUGUCCAUCAAUGGUGAAUGCGUCGAUGACGAGGAAGAUGUAAAUGCUCAGGAUUUAAUUGAUUUUUCGCCCAUUUAUCGGUGUUUGCACAUCUACACAGUUUUAAAUGACAAGGAAUACUUUGAGAAAGAUUACCGAAAGCAAAGAAGAGAUCAAGCGAAACUAGUUCUCCAAGCCCCUCAAACAAUGCACGAUAACUUGGAGGCUUACAAAACCUAUAUUUAUUCCAUAGUUGGAUUUUUUGUGGUCGAAGACCACGUUAUGAACACAGGUGGCGAAAUCGUUACCCAAACCUAUCUGGAUGACCUUUGGUCUUCAUCGCUAACCAGAGCUGUUAAUGUUCUCAGUAUGUCCUCUUCAUCGUGCACUGACCCUAACAUUCUCCUGAGGAUAAAAAAUUUAAUCAUGUUAAGCAUCACAACCCUCAAAAACUAUGGCUACACCGUCUCACAGCUGUGGGAUCUGCUUUUGGAAAUGCGCGACCACUACAACGAGGUUUUACUUCAACGUUGGGUCAACGAAUUCCGGGAUAUCUUGGAUAAAAGUGACUUCUUGCCGCAGGAAGCGCGCACCCAAGAGGAAUACGAUGCAGUCCUGGAACGUUUUCCAUUCCAUUCGGAGCAGCUCGAAGCUCAACCGUUCCCGAAAAAGUUUCCCUUCUCCCGAAUGGUUCCCGAAGUGUACCACCAGGCGAUGGAAUUUAUGUAUGCCUGUAUGAAGUUCUCCGAAGAAUUGACCCUUUCGCCCAACGAAAUUGCGGCCAUGGUUCGCAAGGCGGCCAACCUGCUGCUGACCCGCAGCUUCAGCGGAUGUCUGUCGGCCGUCUUUCGCAGCCCUAGCUUGGCUCUGAUGCAGGUUAUCCAGAUUAUCAUCGAUACCCAGUAUCUGGAGAAGGCCGGACCCUUUCUGGACAGCUUCGUGUGUAAGAUGACCGGUACCAGCCAAAGUUUGACCCAAACACCGUCCGCCAUGUUUCAGGUGGCCCGCUCCGAAGCCGAACAGCAGGUGUCUACAAAGCUGUGCUCCAAGCUGGAUGAAUUUUUCGAGGAGCUGGAAGGCUACGAUUGGAUGCUGCCGGAAAGCUACGGCCACGCAUCGCCCUUUGUGACCGACAUGAUAGCUUUUCUGCAGAGCACAUUCCAGAGCUUUUCGUACAUUCUGCCGGGCGUCGCUCAGGCAGCGUGUCGCAAGGCAUGCGAACACGUUGCCACCCGAAUCUACAAACUUAUUCUGUCUGAAGAGAUCAAACAAAUAUCGGGCGGAGCACUGGAUCAAAUCAAUCUGGAUCUGAUGCAGUUCGAGCUUUUCGCUGCCUCGGAUCCGGUUCCCGGCUUGAAGGAAGGAGAUUUGUCCAAAUAUUUCGCCGAGAUCCGGCAGUUACUGGAUUUACUUAUUUCGGAGGAUUGGAGUGCGUACUUGCACGACUUCGGAAAGGACGAAAACCGCUAUUCGCUUGUGCAUCCUUCGACGAUUAUCGUGGUGCUGGAAAAACUGCGGGAAGCUGAUAAGAAAUCGAUGCUAUCACUGAUGAAGUCCAAAUCGGAACGGGACAAAAAGAAGCUGCUCGAAACCGUACUUCGGCAGCUGAAGCAGUUGGCCGAAAGACAAAAUUAAAGGAUAUCGGACUAUAUUUAACCUUAUAGUAGGAAACAUAAUACAUAAGCUUAAGCAGAACAAUAUUCAGUUUAUAUUCCAGCAAAUAAAUUAACACGCACUGUUCAAGAAUCCAGCUUAACACCUU